ACACUGGAGUGUACAUCAGCAGCCGACUACAGACACAGCCAUGAACUCAGCCGUCAUUGCUUUCCUCACCUGCCUGCUUGUCCUCUGUGUACAAGGACAACCAGGCCACAGUUCUAGUAAAUGCAUGUGUGAUAGUUACGUCGGCCCGAUCCACCGAAGGUUCAUCAAGGGAAUACCAGUCAUACACAACCCAAGUAUCUACUGUUCAAAGACAGAGAUUAUUAUCACAACAACAGCAGAUAACCAGAAGUGUGUGGAUCCAGAGUCACGGCUGGGAAAACACAUUCUUGAAAAAAUGAGCAAGUUGAGGAAGAACAGAGCUGCGAGCACGACGACCACUUCCAGCCAAACUAGUACUCAGAGCUCAAUCAGUCUCCACACUACCUCCACCAUGUAGAGCUGCUGUAUCUUCACUGAAACCCUGAAUCAGCUGUUUC